ACCGUUCCUCGGUCUCACUGUGUGUUUUCGCGGCCAGUGCAAAAGAAGGGUGGAUGUGUUUUGUGCGUGCUGAGCGAUUUUUUUCGUGGCGCAUAACUAUCGCAAGUGUUCAUUUCAAUGUCUCCCAUUUCGAGCUGAUUGGAUUUUGUCCCUGUGAACACGGUUUAGCUUGAUUUGCAGAAUUAGUAACAGUAUUUUCUGGCGUGAAGUGAGUAAAAAAACCAAAUAUCUUCCACCUCAUCAAACCAGAAGAAGGAAUCGUUGCUUCCCGAGUUGUGUUGCUAGUGAAGAAAGAAAAAAAAAAUCCAGAUCUUUUAUCCCACAAGCAUAGCGGUGGUUACAGACUCGCGACUGUUGCGUUUGUUUUACCCUUUGCAUCGGUCAGCUUUACGGAAAACCCCUUUUCUUUCUCCGUGAAUAGCAUCACUGUCUGUUCUAGUAUUUUCUUGCGCUGGUGCUUCGAAUACGCGUUUCUUCAGCAGUAUCAGGUUCUCGAAAGGUGUUUCGCUAUGUGUAUAUGAGCGUGUAUGCGUGUGUGUGUGUGUGUGCAUAUGACCAAUGUCUGCAAAAGCAGACAACGCUAGCCACAAAGGGUGGAAGAAAAACCAACCCCACAAAGUGUGAGGGCGCUAAAGUUAGCUAAAGUUAAAGCAAAACGUACUACUCUAUCUUGGUGCGCGACGUGAUAAGGAAAAGGGAUUUCCACUGAUUCUUUCCCGAUGAAAGAAGAAUCCAUGGGUGAAGGAAACAGCCAGUGUUGCAGCAAGUGAUGAGUGUGUGUAUGUGCGGGGUGGUGCGCAGUCUGUGAAAAAUACGUUUUUGGUCGUUGCCUAUACUUUUCCUUUCACAUUACGAUCGCGAAUGUCAAACAGGUCCCGUUCAAUUUUGACAGUCGUCGCUUGAAACAAAAAAAAACCAAAAUAAAGAAAAAUCCCCAGCCUGCUUCGUGUGCGCGUGUGUGUAUGUUGAGCGUACGUGCCCAGUCCAACGCGUUCGCGUGUGUGCGUGCAUAUGUACGGUGUGUUCGUUCAUAUGAGCGCAAGUGUUUUUUUUUUGUUAUGUGUUUUGAUCGCUGGUGGAAAAUGUUUUCUGCACAGUUUUUCUUUUGUUUAAUGCGCUCUCUCUCCUCUUCGUCGAGGUUGUUGUGUUGUGUAAUGUAAAAUUGUAAAACCCAUUACAACCCCACACCCCCAAAGGAGGGUGCACACGAUGUUUGGCGUUUUCACGACCACCCUCUCGUUCCCAUCUCGCACUGUGCUACGCACCGAUCAGCUGCAAUCAAUAGAAGCUCAUCUAAAGUUGUCUCCAGUAUAUCAUUGUUUUUAAUUGAAGCAGAAGAAAAGAAAUUAAGAAACGAAAACAAGAGAGUAGUUAUGCGAAAGAACGAAAAGGAAAGUCAUCAACAGUAACCAUAACAACGUGUGCGGAAUCGAACAAAAAAUAAAACUAGUAUUCGAUUAACUUCCCCUUUAUCACUGCAGCGGUACGGGAGAAGAGAAAGGGAACAGUCCUCUCAUUCGUAAUGGUACUGUGGGGUCCACAAAACAAACGCAACCCGAUGUCAUUACGCUGAAACCUUAAGAAGCAGGACGUUAGCAUUGUUUCGUUUUCGUUCUCCGAUUACAUGUUUUACAACAGAAAAUGUAAAAAGUGUUACAGUUUGUGAUGUUUUCCACCUUUGUCACUAUCUAUUUCUAAUUGCGUUACAGCACGUGCGUGAGUGAAUGAAGAAAAUUAUUGUGCAGUGUGUUGAGUGAAUUCCGUGCCCGAAAGUGUGUAAUGCUACAUGUAGCUGCAUUAUAAGCUGCAUUAUAAGUGCAACAUUUUAUAGCAAGUGAUCAGUCAUCAUAUCGAUGCAGUAGUAGAUCAAGUAGUGAAACACCGAGUAUAAAAGGAAUCCUCCAAACAGAGGAAGAGAGCGAGAGUGAGAGUGUGUGUGUGUCCGUGUGGCUGACGGUACAAAGUUUCCGGACGGCACUGUACUACCCCAUCAUACUAUACCAUAUCGUCGUGAAUGACACUAAUAGGGCCAGGCGCCCCAGGAAUGGCAUUUAUGAUGAAGAAGAAAAAGUACAAGUUCUCGGUGGAGCUCCACCUGGAGGAGCUGGUGGAGGUACCGUUCCUGAAUGCGGUGCUGUUUGCGAAGAUCCGUCUGCUGGACGGCGGCUCCUUCCAGGAGCACAGCAAUAGGGAGGAAGUGAAAAACCACACCGUGAAGUGGGGUCAAAAGUUCGAGUUUCCCUGCAAAAUGACGUCGAACGCGUCGACCGGCGUACUUGACCCCUGCACCGUACGGAUAUCGGUGCGCAAAGAGAUUAAGGGUGGCAGGAGUUACCAGAAGCUAGGAUUUACGGAUCUAAACCUGGCCGAGUUUGCCGGUUCCGGCCUAACGUCGCGCAAGUGUUUGCUCGAGGGAUAUGACGCACGACACCGGCAGGACAACUCCAUGUUGAACGUGUCGUUGCGUAUGCACAUGAUUCAGGGUGAUAUAUUGUUUAAAGUUCCUUCUCCCAGUCCGAAAUCGAAGACUGCCCUCCCACAGGACAACCUAGCACUCGGACUACAGCCCACCGAUUCGGCGAUGGCGACGGUCGGCCCCGUCGUUACACCCGUCGUAACGCGCGUUACUACCAAAGAAGAUCCAUCGGCCGCAUCCGUUGCGUCCGGGUUCGAUUCGCUGCAGAAAAAGAAACCCCCAACGCAGGGCCUAGCGACGACGAUAGAGCACCAACAAUCGAUCGACCUGGACCCGCAAUCGUUUAUCAUUACCGAUUCCGGUAUCUCCGAAUCUUCCGAACCGCCAUCGUCUCUGCUGGACUUCCAGUCGAAUCUUUCCCUCGUCGCAUCGCUACCGAUCAGUGUCGGUGCACCGCAGGCUGGCAAUGUGCCCGGCAGUCAGGUAGUAUCGACCGUUGGUAACGUACCCGGUGCGAUCGAAUUAGGUCACUCGCGCAACUCGAGCAAUACUAGUCAAAUGUCCAAAGGCUCCGGUUACAGCAGCUUCUCCCACAGUCAACACUCGAGGCAAAGCUCCGAGGGAGAUUCCGGUCACCAGAGGUUCCGUCCGGCGACGGCAACGGUUUUCCAUGGCAAACCGGGCACGGUGCUAACGGUGGUGCCGGCCACCAGCUCCACAACCACCACGACUAGUAGUAGUACCGCACAGUCUGUAGUUAACGGUGGCUCUAGCCGUUUCGUUACGAUCGCUAAUAAGAAACUUCUCACCAGCGGUAUCAGCAACAGCAGCAGCAACAGCAACAAUACCACCACCAACAACGGAAGGCCUAAGAUCAACCCUACGAAGCAGCAGAUGAUGACUGCGAACCGGUUGCUUAUGAAGUUGCGCAUACCCCAGAGUCCGAACUCCGAUUCGGGCGAUGAUGUCUUUGUCACGCCGGACGUGACAGUACUGUCGGAGGACGAAGGUGGUGGCAGUGACGAUCGAACGGAGUCCGGUGUGGAGGAGUUCGGAACGCCCACGUCCGAGAUUCCGCUAGCAAAGCUAAUCAAGAUCAAGAGCAUGAACAAUUUAGCCGUCCCGAAGGGUACCUUGUUCUCGGAUGACGAGAUGGAUCACCCGGACGGCUACAUCCAGACGGACGUUACGGAUGAGCAUCAUCUUACACCCGGCAUGAACUUAAGCCGUAUGAAAUCGCUCGGCAACCUGUCGGCGUACGAACGCGAGUUCGGCCACACGCCAGUCGAUUUGUUACAGUCAAAGCGGGACUUCGAGACGAGAAGGUUCAGUUUUGCGAAAAUGCGCUCCUUGACAGAUUUAACUGCGGGCGAUGAGUCGGAUGAUGUGCUAGUACGUCGCCGACGACAGCUAGAAGCGGAAGAAAAAAGUUCCUCGGAUGAAUCGAAACCACCAUCCUCGUGUCAACUAUCACCGGCGGGUACAACCUGCGGAAUUGACCUCGCCAAUCGCUUCCUACCCUUCCAGAUGCGCAGCUCGUUUCAUAGUGGUGUGUAUCGGAAGCGAUCCGGCAUAGGGUAUACGCGCUACAUCGGUAUCGAUGAUGAUCCGACGACGACGACGACGACAACCAACGGUGAACCAAUGCUUGGCGGUACUAAUCUAACGAAGAUAAACUCCCUCAGCACGAUUCCAACCGUGCUUCCAGGCGAACGAGUCAAUCAUGUGCCUUUCCUGACGCCCAACAUUGGCCGUAAACGGUUCGCAACGAACAGUAGUGCCACCAGCAGCCCGGAUGAAAAUGAUCCCGAUCCGAUUAGAUUAGCUAAACCGAAGACAAGUUCCUCGCCUACCAGUACGGUAGCGAAGGUGAUUGCACGUAGCUCCGUCCGGGGCAAUAAUCCGUUCGAGCGCAACUUCCGCAAGAGUGCUCCGAUCGGUGGAAUCGUUGUUGGGCAACCGGAACCAGCGACAGGUACACGAAGCAGUGGUCUGCUUCGAACGUCCAAUUCGUCCAGCUCGGUGCAACAGCUGCAGCAGGUGGGUGGAUUUUUCCGCCAGUCCGACAGUAACUUCUACAACAUCGUACGUAACUACCCGAUCGGGAAGUCUUCCUCCGCUAAUCUGGAGUCGCUCAAGCAUCGCUCUUCCUACAACAACUUCCCGCUAAGUCUUAAGCCUCAGCAACAGUCACAGCAACAACAGCAGCAGCAGCAGCAGCAACAACCUCAUCAGAAGCAAUCAAAAGCAGCAGGUGUGCUAUCGAAGGGAGCCGGUGAACUGAAGGGCAUUGUACCUUUGGUCGGUGCGAAACCAGUGGCUGUGAACCAUCAACCAACGACGACAACAACGGGCAACCGUGUCUACCAUAGAUUCCGCUCAGUAGUGCGGGUAGUACUUAAGUUUAUCAUAAAGGGACAAUCGAACCAAUCGGCUAACGAUUGCCAUAAGUCUGUCACCAGCUCCACCAGCAUCAGCAAUGUUACCAAUGCCAGUGGUGGUGGUGGUAGUACCAACGGUACUACACCAGCUACCACAUGUACUUCUACCACUACUUGUACUUCUACUACUACCUCUGCUACCACCGCUACUACUACUACUACUACUACUUGUUGUUACAAUUCUACUUCCACCACUACCACCAUAUCUUCUACCAGUGCGACGGUGUUAAAGAACAUUUGUGGUUUGCACCGGCGUUUGCUGGACGGCAGCACCCGUCAACUAACCUCACUAACGCUAGCGACACCGUCGACUUCCGGCGCGGGCACAUCCUCGUCCGGCUCGAGCGCCAUCAGUCCAUCGUCGACGGGUACGUCGGUCGGUACUGGUGCCGCAUGCUGCACACUUCCACCGGGCACUGGCCCCGGUAGCAUUGCGUCCAGUACCGACUGUACGGACAACAUGGUGGCCGGCCCGAGCGUGGUUCUACCGCCCGGUGGAAGUGGGUCCACCGAACGUACGAUAGGUGGCGUCACUGUCUCGGGUGGACCAACCGGUACCGGGACGGGUCUGUGCGUUGCCUCAUCAUCAUCCUCAUCCGGGUUCGAUACGUCGAUGCUCAACAAUGGCACUAACAACUCAUCAUCCCUCAAUCUACCAUCAUCGCUUGCGCUCAGACGUCCCAGUGCUAACAUAAACCCCAGUUCUGGUUCCAUCCCGAUGAGCGAAACCGGAUCACUCGAUCGCAUGAAGUCGGCGGCAGAGCGAAGGAAAAAGGGCUCGGGACACGACGGUGACAGUGGGCCGACGUUGUCCGGCCGCGUUGAGGACACUCGCGUCAACACCGGUCUGAUAAUUGACGAGUUGUUGAAAAACACCAAACUGGACCACUUAGAAGAUGCCGAAAAUCCCACCGGGCUAGCACUGUACAUCGGUAGCGAUGGUACGACGAUGGUUGGCAGCCACGAGGUACAUUCACGCAUGCCGGCCGGAGCAUUUAAGCAGGUUGUCAUGGAAACGCCAAGAUAGUAGCAACAGUAGCAUCCAUUUUCUUCACACUGUUGCAACGCUUACCAUCGGACGAAACCAUCGCAGUGUGCAGCGACAGAUGGUACCUAUUCUGGUGGACACACGCGAACGCGCAUCAGUAUCGUCAUGUUCGUCAUCCAAAUUGUGUAUUUGCCAUACCUACGUUUUUCGCUAAAGGGCUCGCACGGUGCUACACCGAAGAAAAAAGUAAACAAAAAGUGUGAUUAUCCGUGCAUGAGCGCGGCCUGCAGGUGUUGUUGUACAGCAGAAGUAUUUGUGUGAGUCGCUUCUUUAUUAUUUCACCUUUAAUAUUGUGUCCUUUUUUUGCGGUAGCCGCCGUAAACUGUAUUUCCCAACAGCUCAGUGGGCAGCUCCCAUCGGCACGAAUCGAAAUACGAUCAUAUGAGCCUUGUUCUUUCACCAAUAAGUGUGCGUAUGAAGGAAAUAUGUGAAUUUAAAAUUCAUUAUCCUAAAAUUCGACGUACCGUUCGGGUUUGAGAAAAAAUGGAAGAUUCAGUUAGCUCACCUAAGAAAUUGUCUUUCUACGAACGCAUAGUGGUACAGGGAAAUGAAUUUGGUUUUUGUUUGUAGCUUUUGUUUUAAUUCAUUUUAUUCCCUUUACUACAUAACAAGCCCAAAAAGCCGCCGCCGCGCAGAAGAACGAGCACGAGAAACACAAAAGCAAAUACCAUUAAGCCAUUACGUUGUGAUAAACUUUAACGGGUUACAGAGUUUUUAUUUCCGUUUCUUCUAUUCUUACCUACCCUCCCUCCCCCCCGGAGCAGCGUGUAACCGCUGCUAUUAUUAGUACUACUUCUAAUUGGUGGUAUUUUUAAAUGAAAUAUAGUUAGGUAUUUUUUCCCCUGUAAAAAAAACAGUGUUUCACUGAUGGUGCCGUUAGAGCCGUAGACCGAUUGCACCUGAAGCAAAAGCGUUUUUUGUUGGGAAGAAUUUAGAAUCAGUUUUGGCUUAGCGUUGAAAAACAUAAUAAAUUUAAAAUAAAUUCAGCAGCAGGUUCGAAGCAGCAAUACCGAACGGGGGGGACAAAAGAGAAAUUCAUAUGCGAGAAGAAACACAACAUGAGUUUGCUUUACAACAGCAAAGAGUAAGAAAUAGUAUAACAAAAACAAAAAGAAACAAUAACACAAACGAAUCCCUCCCCCCUUGAACUGUCCGCCCUUUGGGUAAAACCAUGGUGGAAAGUGAUACGUAAGACAAGCUACUAGUGUGCACGUGUUCGAAACACGUGUAUCUCUUGCAUGAGACCGCUAGUGAGUGUUUGUAAGUGUGUGGAAUGAUUCAGCAGGACAGAUAAGUGGAGGAAAUUGUAAAUUGUGUGUUUAUAGUGGAGGUAUUAUUAUGAAUUAUUAUUAUGUUUAGUGUUAACUUUAUUUCUUUUUAUCAUUAUAGUUCGUUCCAGUUAACGUAAAAUUGUGAGGAAAGCAAAUGUAAUUUGUUUAUGUUUUGAUUUUAAUAUUAUUACCUUUUUUAUGUUUUUUUUUCUUUCUCUUUCGUACAUUACCAUUUGUGUAUCCCUAGCGCGGUAUCAAUCGUUUGACCUGAUCUUACAACAAGCAAUUGCAAAUACUAUUUAAAGUGUAGAGUUGGUUUUAUAUUACGUUUGCACGCACUGUUUAAGUUCCUGCAGCACUGAACCGUGUGAAUAAUGGUCAUCUGAUGGGAGCAUUCCGUCAGGGCAAAGUUAGUUGAUUUCCUUUAGACAGUUUGUGUUACACACCCUCUUCUGUAGUUGGGAAUUGGAAAGCUAUUCACGUUAGAGCGCUGUAUUAUUAUUAUCCCGUUUUAUUUCAUUCUCUCCAAGAAAAGAAAAAGGUUAGAUGGAGUUAUUAUUUCUUAAUAUUAUUCAGUGUAAAUAAUGAAUUAAUAGAACCUAGAUGGUAUCACACAAUCAGCGAUACAUGUGUGCAGCACUUUGUUGCGUUUCAUUCAACUCUAAUUGAUAGAAAUCAUGGGGAAGGGGAAGAAAAUAAAGCUCUGAAAGGGAAACAAAAUAAGCAAGCAAUGUAAAAUUGUGUACAGAUGCACCAGGUAAAACCACAAAAACAAUGAACAGUCUCCCUGCGUAUAAUGUGUGCAUCUUAGGCAGGUAUCAUAUUGUAAGGAUCGUCCGACAGCAUUCAUACCUAACAAACAAAAAACAAACAAAGUUCAUGCAAGCAAAACGUAAACCUAGUACUAACUCAAAUACCGAUCAAUCAAUAGGAAAGGAAAAGGAAUAAUACAAAAUUAAUAUCAAAGCCGGAAAAGUAUCGUACAUUUUUUGGUAGCAAAAUUUGUUUCCCUGUUUUGUAUGGAAAUCGUAAAAACAAAAAAUUCAUCGUAACGUUUGUAGGUAGCACAGUACCGUAGAGUAACAACUAUUCCAUCGCGUUAACUGUAGUGCGGCUAAAGAAAGCAUUUCGAACACUUUGUUGUUUGUGCGUGUUUUUGUUGGCUCCACUAGCACGAGCCGUGUUUUCAUCGUGUAGUGUGACAAAGAUUCCUAACAGCGCGCAAAGUCAUAAGCGCUCGAUCAUCUGAUUUUAUUCGCAAGCAGUAAGACGGUAUUUGAACGGUGUGCGGAACGAUAUGUUAAUAGUAGCGUACGGAGAUGUAUUCGGUUUAGGAUAAUUCUCUGCCACACGGUAAUGUCAAGGCAUGUGCGCAUAUACACGGGUGCAGAAGAAGUAAAAACAAAAUAUACAAACCAACAAAUCUAAA